AUGGUUAUGGACGCCUUGAGUAGGAAGACCGUAGUGGAGCUGAGAGCUUUACUAGUAUUUCUAAGAUUGACAGAUUCAGGUUGUCUGCUAGCCAAACUUAGAGUGGAGCCCGAGCUUCAACAAGAUGUACCAAGAGCUUCAACCAUUGUAUUGGUGGUCAAACAUGAAAAGAGAAGUGUCGAAUUUGUUGCCAAGUGCUUAGUGUGCCAACAAAUCAAGACAGAACAUCAGGUUCCCUCAGGGUUGUUACAGCUGAUUCAGAUUCCACAGUGGAAAUGGGAGAGAGUGGCUAUAGACUUCGUAACAAGUCAAGAUUCAAGCAUGAUACACUGGGAAGAUCACUUAACUUUGGUAGAGUUCGUGUUCAAUAAUAGCUUCCAGAAAAAGAUUCAGAUGGCACCGUAUAAAGCCUUGUAUUGGUGCAAGUGGACAACUCCCUUGUGUUGGAUGGAACUCAAUGAGGGAAAGAUAGUAGGCCCUGACAUAAUCCGAGAAACUAAAGAAAAAAAUCAUUUGAUUCAGAGUCAUUUGAAAGAGGCUUGUAACGGACAAAGGUCGUAUGUCGAUUUGAAGUGCAAGGAUAUAGAGUUCGUAGAGGGAGACAAGGUAUUUCUCAAGGUUUCCCCAUGGAAUAAGGUAUAUCAUUUUGGAAGAAAGGGUAAAUUGAAACCACGAUUCUUCGGGCCGUAUAAGAAUUUGGAGAUAGUUAAGCCAAUGGCUUAUUGUCUGGCAUUAUCUCUAGAGUUGGAACGCAUUCACAAUAUGUUUCAUGUAUCUACACUUCAAAGAUACCAGUCUGGCUCGUCAUACGUUAUCUUGCUUGAACAAGUUGAAUUAAGGCAAGACAUGGCCUAUGAGGAAGAACUGAUCAGAAUCCUUGCCAGAGACGUUAAGGAGAUGCAGAACAAGAAAAUACCUUAG